AUGCAGCGAAACAACGGGAACGGCGUCCUGGCCAUGGGGCUGUCAGGAGGCCAGAUCAUCAGCAGCUCAGGAGCGUAUCUGAUUGGAGGAAACUCCAUGGAUGGCUCCGCCCCUCACAGCGCGGCUCAGGCCACUAGAGCCUCCCCCGCCACGACCGCAAAGGAGCCAACUGACGAAUUUAGCUGUUCUCCACAGCUGCAAUGGCUCCUGGAUAAUUACGAGACCGCAGAGGGCGUGAGUCUGCCGCGCUCCACCCUCUACAAUCACUACCUGCGCCACUGUCAGGAGCAGAAACUGGACCCGGUCAACGCUGCGUCUUUCGGGAAGCUCAUCCGCUCCAUCUUCAUGGGGCUGCGCACCCGCCGCUUGGGCACCCGAGGGAACUCUAAAUAUCACUAUUACGGGAUUCGCGUGAAGCCGGACUCUCCUCUGAACCGGUUGCAGGAGGACAUGCAGUACAUGGCACUGAGACAGCAGCCCGUCCAACAGAAGCAGAGAUUCAAGCCAGUACCGAAGUUGGACGGCGUUUCGGGGGAGAACUUCUCCGCCGGGGGGCAGCCCACACCCAACGCUGCAGAGCAGACGUUCAUCGCUCAAAGCCAGCACCAUCAGCAGUUCCUGGACGGGUCCAGAGCUCUUCCAGAGUUCGUCGAACUUGACCUCGGAGAGCCUGUGGAAGGCGUCGGUCCAGAAGACGUCAAAGCCCUUCAGACGCUGUACAGAGAGCACUGCGAGGCCAUUUUGGACGUAGUGGUGAACCUUCAGUUCAAUCUCAUCGAGAACUUGUGGCAGACUUUCUGGCGCUAUUCUCCAUCCAGCUCCGUAGAGGGCGCCACCAUCACAGAAAACAGUGGUAUGAGCGAGAUCGAGGGCCGCCUGCCGCGGACCACACUGAUUCUGCUCUGCCGAAACGAGGCAGUGCUAAAGUGGAUGAACACCUGUGAUCACCUGAUGUAUCAGGCCCUCGUGGAGAUCCUCAUCCCUGAUGUUCUGAGACCCAUUCCUAGUGCCUUGACUCAAGCCAUCCGUAAUUUUGCCAAAAACCUUGAGGGCUGGCUCACCAACGCCAUGAGCAGCAUCCCCCAGAGGAUGAUCCAGACCAAGGUUUCCGCUGUUAGUGCCUUCGCUCAGACGCUCCGCAGGUACACGUCUCUGAAUCAUCUGGCGCAGGCGGCUCGUGCAGUGCUGCAGAACACCUCCCAGAUCAACCAGAUGCUCAGCGAUCUCAACCGGGUUGACUUUGCCAAUGUGCAGGAGCAGGCCUCGUGGGUGUGCCAGUGUGAAGAGGGCUUGGUUCAACGCCUCGAGCAGGACUUCAAGGCCACCCUCCAGCAGCAGAGCUCCUUGGAACAGUGGGCAGCUUGGCUGGAUAACGUGGUCACUCAAAUGCUCAAGCCGUACGAGGAUAAACCCACCCUCCCCAAAGCUGCACGCCAGUUCCUGCUCAAGUGGUCCUUCUACAGCUCUAUGGUCAUCAGAGACUUGACCCUCCGCAGCGCUGCGAGUUUCGGCUCUUUCCACUUGAUCCGGCUGCUGUACGACGAGUACAUGUUCUAUCUGGUGGAGCACCGCGUCGCACAGGCGACGGGAGAGACGCCCAUCGGAGUUAUGGGAGAGUUUCAGGACCUGAAUACCAUGUCACCUGCCAACAUUGACAAAGACGAGGUGAGCGAGAUGGACAGCGAUUUGGACGAGGACAUGGAGGAGUCUGACGAGCCUCUGGCCAAGCGGGAGAAAGCGGAGACGGAGGUCAUCCAGGUGCUGCAGGUGGGAGCCAUGGAGGACGGCAGCAGCGCGGUGGUGGGCGUGGUUCAACCCAGCAUGCUCAGCGCUUUGCCCUCGACCGCCGGCAAUCACACCGAGCACAUCCUCAGCUCGAGCGGAACCAGCACCAUCCGCCACUGCGGCAGCGUGGGAAACACGUACGCCUCGGUCUGAAAGUCCGUCCGUUUCGCUCUUAUCCCCCGUCUGCGCUUUCUAUCUCUUUCAGUACCAUCUGUCUCCCAGGCAUCCAUUCUUAAAAGCGAAAAUGGAUCUCCACGACACAGUGGGAUCAUCUGUUGAUAGUAUAUCAACUUUAUGAUGUGACGAGAUGCUGAUUGUAACAUUUUAAAGCCCUGAUGUUAAUAGAAAACAUUUCUGAAUGAGCCAGAACUCAAAUCCAAGCCACUAGUUACGUUCCAUUCGCCUAGUCGAUAUUUAUCACUUCUCUAUUACUGUACUGGUCAUUGUUUACAGUUUUGUUUAGAACAUGUAAUGGGCCAAAUGUUGCUUGCUGUUUGGUUAGGGAGUGCUAACUGCUGCUAUAAUCGAAGCAGGCUAGACAACUUGUACCGAACGUAAUGAGCUUGCCUUUUCAUCAGUCCGAGUGUUUCCAAUUGCCUUCGGUUUGUAGAUUUAGUCGUUUGGUAGCUAAAAAGGAGUUUUUUGUCUCGUCAGUGUACAUAUACUCUGCAUGUACGAACUGGUGUUGUGGGUCUUGGGAGUUUUACCGAUUGGACCAAAAACACAAGUGUGAGAGAUAACAGGCUGUCUCGGGCCAUUUCAAAGCUUCGUUGCCUCUCGCGCCGGUGCGAUGUUGCAGAACAGAGCGAAUGUCAGGGAUUUUAUGUACCUCGGGUUCAUCUUAGUGCCUUAACACAAACAACAGCUUUUCAUUUCGUCUGAACCGGUGAAGCGACACCGAGGAGGCCGCUCAUGUUUGUACAGAGAAUAUUCAUAGUCUUGCGUAAACAUCUGCCACCCGAUUUAUCACGGUGGACACGUGGCUGGAUUUGUGAUCUGACACUGAGCACCUACAUGAAAAUUCAGGGUCAUGGUUUGCUAGAACGUGUCUGUCGCUCACUUACUGCAACGUCAAGGCCCGUUCGUUCCUUCGCCUCUGGAAUCAGGUGAAGUUAUGUGUGCAAAAGCGUGGAUUUGGUCGAGUUGUUUUGUCGUGGUGUGUUUUGCGUCACCCUACCUCACGCCGGCGCUGCCGGUCUUAGUCACAAGUCCUGAUGGGAUUGUGUCUCCUCUUUGCUGACCCACAUGUUCUUGUUUUAAGUUCACAUCGGCUGCCCUCCACAUCACGAUUGGUGGACCAAAAGUUGAUAAAUAUAUAUACGGCGUUAAAGAGUUUAAACCAAGCGGCAACCUUCCGGUCUCUCUCGUGAAACCAAUACGGAA